AUGAGAAGCAUUCGACUCAAGGAUCCUGUGGCUAUCGAUUUUGGUCGUUUAGGGACUUCUGACGGAGAACAAAGGACUUCAUACGAAAAGCUCAAAGCCGCCGAACUGACUUUGGUCUCUCUGAGACUGCAUACUAAAGCCCUCGAGAACGAGAGAGAUGCUAUCCUUGUCGCCAAAAACCAAGCACGCAAGCAAGUAGAAGAGGCGGAGCAGGCGACCAGGACUAUACAAAGUCAAUUACGCGCAAUCAUCGAGGAGCGAUUAGCGCUUCGCGACGCUUUGUCAGACCUUCGCCAAGAACUGGAGGCCGGUCAUAUCAUUUCUGACUCAUCUACGGCCAUACCAACCGCGCCUGCACCAACUCAUCCUGCUCAGUUCGAGAUACUGAAACUACGCGAUGCCUGCAAAACAAAGAUACAGGCGGGGCCUCUUGAGCAAGGCCCGCGUAGUGGGGAAGCGAACCUUGAUGAUCAAGGGAGCAGCCAGGCUCGGGAACUGGAUCGGUGGGACCAGGCAUCAGACAAAGAAGCGGGCGGCGCCAAUCAGGAAGGUCCUAGUGCGAUGCACAUGCAGGUAGCUACAGAGCAAAGCGUGACAGGCGCCGCGGUGGACGUCGGCCGCGACGAGGGGGGGAAGGCGCAAACGCCCCAAUCGCGGAGCGAGACGACUAGCGCACCAGACGAGCUUGAGGAAUAUCGUUCAGUCGACGCGCAGGCGUCGAAUUCGUCCAUCGGCGCUGCAGAGGAUAUUACAAUGCAGGGCGAGGGCUCUUCUGACGAAUCGUCUGUGAUUUCCACCGUUGACUUGCGCCUCUACCUCCUUUUCCAGGACGCUGUCCCCCAUCCCAAGUUCCUCAGGUGA